CAGAUAAUUGCAAUCCUGUCCUGAAUCUGUUUUGGUGAUACGUUCGUAAAAAAAUGGAUAACUCAGGAAAAGAGAAAGAGGCCAUUCAGCUAAUGGCUGAAGCUGACAAGAAAGUACAUAAGACCGGCUCAUUCCUUGGAGGGAUGUUUGGUGGUGGGAACAACCAUAAGAUCGAGGAGGCCUGUGAGAUGUACUGUCGGGCUGCAAACAUGUUCAAGAUGGCCAAGAACUGGAGCGCUGCGGGAAAGGCGUUCUGCCAAGCGGCCCGGCUUCACAUGCAGCUGCAGAACAAACACGACUCCGCUACCGGCUUUAUAGACGCAGGCAACGCAUUCAAGAAGGUGGACCCACAAGAGGCUAUCAACUGCUUAAAUACCGCCAUCGACAUCUACACAGACAUGGGAAGAUUCACCAUCGCUGCCAAACACCACAUCACCAUCGCAGAGGUGUACGAGUCAGAGCUGGUGGACAUUGAGAAGGCCAUUGCACAUUAUGAACAGGCUGCAGACUACUACAAGGGGGAGGAGUCAAACAGCUCGGCCAAUAAGUGUCUGUUGAAGGUGGCUUCAUACAGUGCCCAGUUGGAGCAGUAUCCCAAGGCUAUCGAGAUCUAUGAGCAGGUGGGAUCCAACACUAUGGACAACCCUCUGCUGAAGUACAGUGCCAAGGAGUACUUCUUCAAAGCCUCGCUAUGCCACUUCAUAGUGGAUGAGCUCAAUGCUAAGCUGGCCGUGGAGAAGUAUGAGGAGAUGUUUCCGGCAUUCUCAGACUCGAGAGAGUGCAAACUACUGAAGAAACUUCUGGAUGCCCACGAGGAGCAGAACAGUGAAGCCUACACAGAAGCAGUGAAAGAGUUUGACUCGGUCUCCCGCCUGGACCAAUGGCAGACUACCAUGCUGCUGCGCAUCAAGAAGACCAUCCAGGGUGAUGAGGGAGACCUGCGCUAGGGGGCGGGGGCGUAGAGGCAAACACAUCAUGGCAUAGACCCCUCACCACACACACACACACACACACACACACACACACACACACACCCACACACACACUCUAGGGGGAGAUCUGCGCUAGGGGGAGGCGGCGUAGAGGCAAACACAUCACGCCAUAAACCCCUCACCACACACACACAAACACACACUCUCAAAUCAGUACCCCCAUACACACACACACACAACCUCCCCCCAUA